GCGGGAGGAAGCCGGCCUCAUUGUUCAUUACCGGCGCGCUUCGUCAAAAUACCCAUGGAUACAGUGUCUUUCGUUUCUCCAGCAAGGGUGCGUACGCUGCUGGUGCCCAUUGGGUCAUUGGAGCGUGAGCAGUUCCAGCGGUACGUGAGGGACAUCGAGGUGAGUUCCGAGGUGAGGUUGGUAGAUGUCACGAGGACAAGGACAAGGACUUUCAACCCUCAGGGCUUCCCGGAUGGCCGGGUGCUGUACGACUUCACGACGAGUCUCGAUAGCCAGGAGACGCUGUUUCUGCAGGACUUUGAGCCUUAUAGAAAGACGUUUGUUGUUAUUGGGCUGGCGAGUUCAUUGGAAGAACCACAGGAGGCAUUGGAGUCCUUGAAGAGACUGUACAAGUCUUCGGUAGUGCAUUGCAUAGUGGUGUUCGACAAGAAACCCGAGUUUGAACAUGAGAGCGUCAUCUUCAACGCUACGAACACAGAGACGGUGAUCUGUGACAUCACAAGACUGUUCUUGGAUGGGCUUACUGGGUAUUUGGUGUCCUUCCAGCAUAUUACCCUGAGAUCUCCAGGGACCCUUGGUGGUAACGAGAGGGCUAAGACCCCUGUGGUGAAGAGUAAGAGAAUAAGCUCCGGGUCAUCCAUAGGGUUCUCCCUGUCAAGCGAUCCAGCAAAUUCCAAGAUAUCUAUCAAAUCUUCAAAUGAACGCCGCCAGGCGAGAAUUAAAGGGAGACAGCAGAAAAUCUUGGGUAACUUGUUGCUAAUUGCAGGCAAAUACUCCGAUGCUUUGAAGGAAUUCCAAGAAGCACUGAUUCUCCUCAAAUCAGGCUAUGAUUACCUGUGGAUAGCGUCAACGCUGGAAGGCAUUGCUGUUUCCAUUGUCAUGCUUUGUUAUUUAGAUCUGCCGUAUCAGCUAGGCCCAGCGUUGAACAGCGCAUUGCACUCUUCAGCACAACCUUUGCAUACACUUUCAAGCCCUUCAAGCACUCCAAACUCCUCUCCUAGGUCGUCAAUGGCCAUUGGAUCUCUAGAUCUGGAGAGGUUCACCACAACUGAGCUAAUCUAUCAGAUUUUGUGCAAGAUGAUAUACUAUUUUGAAUCGUCACAGAGUGAUCCAGAAGACUAUGUACCGGACUUGGUAUACUGUGAAAGUAUAUUGAGAUUCCUAAAGUUAAUGACUGUGGUCAAUUUCGCCGGUGGACUCAACACAUUGUGCUUACACCACAUGAUUAAAGGCAGACCCUUGUCCAUUCAUAGCGACAUUCCAUAUACAUACGACAAAAUGGAUAUGGUGAGAAUUUCCAACAAAGUGAUGAGCGUCCAGUUUAAAAGUAUGGACAUUUUAUCUCAGACGAGAAUAUUUGGUUCUCUUUCUGCCCUUUAUGGAGACAUGGGUCUUCCAAGGAAGCGAAACUUCAUGUUAAGAACGUUAUUUGUUUGUCUGAUACCACAACUAAAAGCACAACCUGGCAGUUCAACGGACUACGAUCUAACAGAUAUCUUUAACGUUUUGAUGUCUGUGUACGGUGUUGAUCGCCAAAGUGAGGCGAACAUUGAAAGUGCUCAUGCUCCAAGAUGGAUUCAGAUUGUAAAAUCCACUCUUAAGCUAUGUUCAGCUAUAUCCGCUGAGCUAUCGGAUGUUGAGUCUGUUAUAAAGUUCAAAUCGUUGAUGUUAACGCGUUUUGCAGACUCCUUAACGGACAAUGAGCAGGCCAAAUUACUCGCCGAUAUAGAAAGGUUAUCCAAAGAGCAUGACAUACAGGUGUACUACCCUGAUCCAUUUGUAUUGAGGAGUAUCAACCUAGUCAAACUAUCAAAUCCCCCAAUGAAACAAAAAACAGCUGUUAAAGAGAACUCUACGGAUCCUGUAUUGUAUAACCCAUAUCUACAGACUGCUAUUAUUGAUAAGAGCUAUGUUGUUCAGGGGGAAUUUACUGAAUUUUUGGUUGAAAUUCAGAACCCAUUUGCAUUUGCUAUUUCUAUCAAUGAAAUCAAGAUACCAGGACUUGAGAUCUUCAAGAACCAUUUCACCAUCCAACCAAAGACAAUAGGAAAGAUUAAUGUAUUAACGAAACCAUUAACUCCAGGGAAAUUGGUUAUUGAUUCUGCAGAGAUAAGAAUUUCUGAAUUUAGCAUCCAGAGAUUCAAAAUUUGUAAAGCUGAAAAGGCUGCAAACCCACCAAAGUUGAAGCAUCAGGAGACAACGAAUAAGGAUAUCCUGAAUACGUUUUACAAGAACAUGGUGUCAAAUAAUGUGGAUGGUCGUGCCGAAACAUCUCAGAUAGAAUUGCACGUUAUAACGGCACAACCGAACUUACAACUCACAUCACAUAUUGAGCCUUUGAUGUUGUUAGAAGGAGGAAAACAGAUAGUUGAAGUCAAGCUUAAGAACCAUUCUGAUAUUUCGGUAAACAUUCUCAAGUUUUCCAUCUGGGAUUCCACAAUAAAUCCCUUGAGUAAAUUGUUGGAAAGCAGGGACAAAUUAGCAACUGAUCUCUAUGAAUAUGAAUACUUCCUCUACAAACGUUCUGUCAACAUCAUUUCGAAGAUUGAUGAGAUUCAGCCAAACGAGGAGGUUCCUCUGUUAUUGGAAGUUGUGGGUAAACGUGGUGCAGUGAAAGUUAAACUUGCCCUAGAGUAUGGACAUUCAGAUGAUUCCGGAUUACAGUUCACCAGAUGCUUGGAUAUCCCAGUUCCGAUUACUGUACAGCAGAGCACAGACUUAGCUGACUGUGAUGUUAUACCACUCUCUGAGUCAAUCGGAUCAUCUGAGGUUCCGAUCUGGCAGUAUGUCAAUGAGAAGGGAGGUGCCGUUUCAGAUUACGUUCUGUUUUUUGUUGACAUUAGAAACGUUUCCAACAAACCUAUCAAUAUUGAUGUUCAGUACAAGGAUUACAAAGUGUCUGAUAACAUUGUCCCGAUGGAUACAAAGAGGUUAACCAUUCCUAUGAAAAGAAUCGACAUUGAUUAUGAGAAUCUGAAACCGAUCCCUUUGAAGCAUUCAAGAUUCACAAGAUCAAGAAUUUCCAAAAACGAAGAGCAAUUUCAGAAGGAGUCCUUUUGGUACCGUGAAGAGUUGCUAAGGGAUUUGAAAGGUACUUGGUCAAUUGGAGAAAUUACUGGAGAUAUUGAGUUUAGAGGCAUAAGACUAACCCAGAAGAUGUUAACCGUAAUGAGAGUUGAAAAGGUUAACGUGAGUAUAGACAUUGAAGGCGAAGUUGCCAGAACUGGUCGUUUCAGGCACUUGACUCCUGGCGAAUUCUUCACUGUGAAUGUUACCAUCGAGAACAAAACAGAAAGAGCCUUAAAGGGGACAUUGAGAAACAUCCCAACUACAUCAACAUAUGGCUCCAUCGAGAAGAAGAUCCUCUACAACGGUAUACUCCAAAUGCCGUUGGAUGAGGAUAUCGCUCCUGGUACAUCGGUGACGCAUAGCAUGGGCGCUGUUCUACUUGAAAGCGGAGAGUACGAAUGGGGUGCUGUAUUUGAUGAACUAGGAAACGAACUACAGCACGUUUCAAGGAUCCCACUCUAUAUAAAGGCAACUUGAUGUUAAGAGACAUUAUGUG